GGGACCACAGUGUUAUAGUGAGAGACGAUGUGCAGUCGUUUUGGCUCAGUCAAAGCGGAGACUGCUGCGAUGCCUGAUGAGAGUCGAGCUCCACCUCCAGGCUGUCCCAUGCACCAGGACUCCAAAAUAGCUGCUCCUCCUUCCGAGUGUCCCAUGCACCGAGCAGCUGCUACAGAACAACCCAAGAGUGCACCAGAUGUUCCAGCACAUCAGGACAGAGCCUUCGAGUUUGUGCAGUGUCCUGUGACAGGAGCUAGAGGAAGCAAUCCUACGGCAUCUGACAUCAACCCUGAUAACAUGAUGCCUCCUCCUAACCAGCAGCCUUCUCCCGGUCAGCCCUUUCCUCUGUCUGUGGUUCGAGAAGAGUCUCACAUCCCUCGUGCAGGAUCCGAGCAGAACUGGGUUUAUCCCUCCGAGCAGAUGUUCUGGAACGCGAUGCUGAGGAAAGGGUGGCGCUGGAGGGAGCAAGACGUCUCUCAAAAAGACAUGAUGAACAUCAUUUCCAUUCACAACCAGAACAACGAGAACGCGUGGAAGGAGAUCCUGAAAUGGGAAGCUCUCCAUUCAAAGGAGUGUCCGUGUGGACCUGCUCUAAAAAGGUUCGGAGGCAAAGCCAAAGAAUUUACUCCCAGAGCCCGAUUCCGUCACUGGAUGGGGCAUGAGCUGCCAUUUGACAGACACGACUGGAUUGUGGAUCGUUGUGGCAAAGAGGUGCGUUAUGUCAUCGACUACUACGUCGGAGGUCAUGGGUCGGAUCACACCAUCCUAGAUGUCCGGCCGGCCUUCGAGUCUUUAGGAGCUGUGUGGGAUCGCAUGAAGGUGGCGUGGUGGAGAUGGACCUCGUCAUGAUCCUGUGCUGCUAUAUGGGAACAUAGGAGAAUUAUCUUUAUACUUAUUUAUUGGGGAUUAUUUGAGCUUGUUUAGCUCAAUCUGACAGGAAGUACCAUGUUUACCGAAGGUAUUCUUGUAUAUUCCUGUACUAAUGAUUACUAAUAUUGACGGUAAAUAUCAGACGUGAAUAAAUGUCAAUGAAACCUGGUCAAGUGUAAAUUUGUGUCACAGUUUAAUAAAGCUGAAGCUGUUGAGAGUGAAUCAAA